UCUGUCAUGGCUGCCAGUCACACCUGGAAGCUGAAACACUAUGGUCGCCUCGUCCUCUACUCGGGACAGAAAGCACCAAACACGUGGAAGAUCUUUAAGGCAGAGGGUGAUAAACCUGAAGUCGCCCUUACAAUUUUGGAGUCUGGAUAUUUAUUGGUCUUUCAAGGACAAGACUGCUUGGAUUCCAUCCCUUUGCUCUCUAUGUCUGAUUCUCUUAAAGUCCAACACAAAUGUGACAACCUGAUCUUUCGGUUUACUGUGCAGGGAAAGAGCCGCAUGAUAAGGAUGCAGUUUGAUGGAAGUAACAGGGCAGAGGCCAUAAAUGCUUGUUCAUGCGCUGCUGAAAACCUGAAGACGUACGUUCCUGUCACCACUCUGGAUGAUCAACCCCCUACUGAUGUCCCUGCCCCAGAAACACAGAAAUAUCCGGAAGCGACUGUGGACAAUGAGCCUGAGGUCGGCCAAGGAUAUUUGUCUGUCAAACAUCUUAUCAAGGACUUCUUGGGAGAGACUGCUGUGAGCCUCCCUCAGAUCUACCAUCACAGUCCUUUGGCGGGAGGUGACUUGGAAGGCAUCCUGCGUGUUUGUCUGCUGGAUCCCCACUUCCAUGUAUUUGUAGAGAGGGUCGAAGGUGAGCUGAAGAAACUGCUUCAAGAGUAGGAAAUCUCAACAACAGCCAAAGGCAGCAUGGUCAAGCAAGUUCAUUGCAUCUUUUCUGUUUGUUUGUUUUUAGAAGUGUUUGUGUAGGCUGUGCCUGUUGGUGGUAAAACAACUUUGGCUUUGCUUGCAGUGUUCUCUGAACUGUUAGCUCAUAUAUCGUUCAGUUGGGAUGGUUUUGAUAAUAGUGAAAUACAAAUAAUUAAAAAAAACUAAUGUUUUUCACAUUUUUAUUCAGAAAAAAAAUAUUGUUUUCACUCAUAUGUUUGAUCGUGGCUAUAUACUCUGGUCCCUUUGAUCGCCAACUUAAUUCAGGUCCAUUUCCACUGCAACACACAUGGAUACAUUGUAUUUAAACAGGAGUCAUGCAGCUACAGCUGUGAAUGUUGCUAUGCCAGCUUCCAAGUGAUCCCACAAUAUUAAAGCUUCACUGAGUUAAAAACAAACUGCCCUCCAUAUAUCUAUUUAAGAAUACAUAUUGCAUAGGAUUAUAGCCAUGCUAUACAGUCAAAGAGAGAAAAAAAUAGAAAAUGAAAAUCAAUUAAUGAAAUUGGGAAAUAUAAAAAAAAUAUUUUUACAGAUUUUUCUAUCAUUUGAACACUCAUACUUCAACAUAUACAAGACACCUAAGUUACUCUGGAAAGAAAAUAUAAGUAAUACACAUAUUCUUCUUCUUCUUUUUUAAGAUAGUUAAACACACAUUUCUUUAAGUACUCUCAGUUAAAUUUAAAUACUGCCAGUCACUGAAGCCCUUGCUUCACAAUAAAAGUUCUGUUAAAAGUAGACUUCUUGUCACAAAGCAAAUAGGUAAAUGACAAUGAUAUGCUGUACAAAUUUUCAACAAUAAAAACUAUAUAUAUAUAUGUAUAUAUAUAUAUUAUAUUUAUAUAUAUAUAUAUAUUUAUAUAUAUA